AUGUCGUCCAUCAGCCAGGCUUGUUGCUCCAUUCCUCCGGUAGUGUCCAAGGGCUACGAACCCAAGGGCGAGUACACCACCCUCAAUGGCCUGAAGACCUACGUUACUGGCCCCGAAUCCGCAACCGAGGCGAUCCUUCUCAUCUAUGACAUUUUCGGCUUUUUCCCUCAAACCAUUCAAGGCGCCGAUAUUCUCGCCACCAGCCCUCGCCGCAAGUAUCGCGUCUUCAUGCCGGACUUCUUCGAGGGAAAAUCCGCCGACAUCUCGUGGUAUCCUCCGACGACCGAGGAGCAAACCCAAAACCUGACGACCUUCUUCUCCACGCAAGCGGUGCCGCCCAAGACCCUCGCCCGGAUCCCCGGUAUCGUCAACGAGGCCAACAAGACGGCCACCAGCGGCACUGGAUACGCGAAGUGGGCGAUUGUCGGCCACUGCUGGGGCGGCAAGAUUGCCAGUCUCAGUGCAGGCAAGGACAAUGCCAUCUUCCAGGCCGCGGUGCAGUGCCACCCCGCGAUGGUGGACCCAGCCGAUGCCGCUGAGGUGACCGUUCCCAUGGCCCUGCUGGCGUCUGGGGACGAGCCCGCCGAAGAUGUAGCCGCCUACCAGGCUAACCUAAAGGUCCCCAAUCACGUCGAGACCUUUGCCUCCCAGAUCCACGGGUGGAUGGCGGCGCGGUCUAAUCUGGAGGACGGAGAGGUGCGCAAGGAGUAUGAGAGAGGUUAUAAGGACAGUGCUGAGCUUUUUGGAGGAGCACCUGUAAAGGCAGGGGUCUAG